AUGACUUCGACAUUUAAAAAUUCUCCAAAACUUCCAACUGAUAUUACCAAGGACUUACUUCAUGGUAGGGAGUUAAAACACGUAGCAACUGAAGAAAAGAACGUUUUACCGACUGCUGACGAUGUUAAAACUGAAAAACAACAUGAAGAAUUUGUAAAUGGUAUUGAAACAUUUCCAAAAAAUCAACUUCAUAAAGUAGAAACAACUGAUAAGACUGUUCUUCCCUCAGCUGGAGACAUUGCUAUUGAAAAAGUUCCUACAGAAGUUGUUAAUUUUAAUCUUGACAAAUUAAAUCAUGUUGAACCCCAGGUAAAAAAUGUUUUACCAAGUAAGGAACAAUACACAAGAGAAAAAUGCCUCAAACAAGCGGCUUCUUUUGAUCAUGAAAAAUUAAAUCAUGUUGAACCAGUAGUUAAAAAUGAUAUAAUCACAGUUGUUGAUAAACAAUAA